AUGACACCUUCUUCUGUCACCAAGGCCACCAACGCAGCCAACGAGGUUUCCACUCCACCUCCUGACACCCGACGCCCAUCGCAACCAGCUUCUUCUGUCAUCAAGGCCACCGACACGACCAACGACAUGUCCUCUCCACCUUCACCUCCUGACACCCGAUGCCCAGCGCAACCAGUACGGCCCUCAACCAACAUGCAGAACGCCUUCACCCCCAGCUGGACGCCCAUGCCCUCACCCAGUCCCAGCAACUAUAUACCGCCCACACCCACAUCCGUCGCAUCCAGAAAACGCUCGGCGGCCAACGUCGCCUUUCAGGGUCAGAAGCAGGCUACCGCAACACCGCCGCUCAAAUCCGACUGGUUCGGCGGUUACGUCCUUCACCAAGAUCCCGCCUUUCGGCGCGACGUAUUCGAGUUAUUUGGACACGCAGUACCCGACAAGCCCGAUCCCAAGCACCACGAUCAAUCGGAUGUAUCGUCUGUGUACAAGGCCGCGGAUGACGAUUUGGCGGUCUGGAGGGCGGGCUCUGGGGGUGAGGGCGAGGUCAAAGACAGCGGUGAAAAGGGCAGUACAGACAGGGUCAAGACCGUGGAGGAUGAGAAGCGGGAGCGUGUGCGAGAAGGCUUGCGCUACAAGCUUUUCGACAAGUUGGAUUGA